GCGGGUGGGGGAGGGGCAGCCAUGGGGCGCUCGCUGUGGGGCUGGGGGCGCCGCCGGCCCCCCCCGAACCCGGAGACCCCCAAAGCGGAGCCCGGGGGGUCGCGCCCCCCCCUGCCCAGUUUGGGGGUGACCCUGGGCCGCCUCCUGGGGGCGCUGGAGGCGCUCGUGGCCCCCCCGGAGCGGGCGCGCGCGCGGCGCCUCGUGCGCGACUUCGGGGCGCCGGGGGGGGCGGGGCCGCGGCUGCAGGAGCGCCUGCGCAGGAGCCGCCCCGCCCCCCCCCGCCUGCCGGAGUGGCCCUGGGGCUCCAGCGAGCGCCUCCCGCUGCCCGUGCACACCAGCGCCGGGCUGGUGCUGCCCCCGCUCGGCUGGGAGGACUGGAGGGGGCAGCUCUGGUUCGCCGCCCGGUUCCUCUCGGGGGUUCUGGACUACCGGGAGCAGCUCCUGAGGCGGGACCCCCCCGAGCCCUGGGUGCAGGCCGCCUUCGGGGGGUGCCGGGUGCCGGGGUCCCGGCGGGACGAGGUGCUGAGGGUCCCCCCGGGGGCGCAGCCCCCCCCCUUCGUCACCGUCUGCGCCAACGGCCAGUUCUUCCUGGUGGGGGUCGCCUCCCCCUCGGGCCGGCCCCUCCCCCCCCCGGCCCUGCUGGGGGCCCUGGGGGGGCUCCGGGCGCGCGCGGGGGGGGGAGGGGCGCGCGCCCAUCCCCCCGUGGGGCUCCUGACGGGGCAGCAGCGCCGCCAGUGGGGGAGGGCGCACGGCGCCAUGAUGAGAGACCGGCUGAGCCGCGCCUCCCUGGGGCGGAUCCAGCGCAGCCUCCUCCUGCUGAGCCUGGACUCGCCCGUGCUGGCCCCCGCCCGGGGGGCGUGGCCUCGAGGGCGUGCCGCCCAGGUGCUGCACGGGGGCGGGGCCAAUGCCAACAGCGCCAAUCGCUGGUGGGACAAGACCCUGCAGCUCGUGAUUGGCCAGGACGGCACCUGCGGCGCGCUCUUCGACCCGGCGGUCACCGACGGCGCCGUGGUGGCCGAGCUGCUCGACCACGCCCUGGAGCACAGCCGCCGCUUCGGCCCCGCCCCCUCCGUGGAGGCCCCGCCCCUUCCGCCCCCACAACGCCUGCGCUUCAGCGUGGGGGCGGAGCUGGGGGCGGAGCUUGAGCGAGCCAAGCGGCACCUGGACAGCCUGGCGGCGGACGUGGAGCUGCACUGCUUCAGCCACGAGGGCUUCGGCCUGGGGGCGGGGCCGCGCGCCCGCGCGCUCGUCGGGGUGGGGCUGCAGGUGGCCUUCUACAGGGCCCACGGCUCCCUCUGCGCCACCUGCGAGCCGCUGUCGCUGCGCCGGGCCCUACCUGGCUGCACCGACCUGCUGCGCCCACCUGGGCCGCCCUGCCUGGCGCUGGCGCGCGCCCUCGAGGAGCCCGAGGCGCAGCCCCAGGAGCUGCUGGCGCUGCUGCGCGCGGCCGUGGAGGAGCACGAGAGCCGCGCCCGCGAGGUGUUAUCAGGCCAGGGGGCGGAGCGUCACCUGCAGGGGCUGCGGGAGGCGGCGCUGGAGGCCGGGGAGCCCCUCCCCGAAAUCUUCCUGGACCCCGCCUACGCCCAGGCCACGCACUUCCGGCUCUGCACCCUGCAGGUGCGCUCCCGCGAGGGCUCCUGGCCGCUCCGGGGUCCCCUGGUGCCCGACGGGUACGGGGUGGGGGUGGGGCACGUGGCCCCGCCCCCCGGCGACCCCCGGGACCCCUCCCCCAAUGGGGGGGCGGGGCUGCGCGUGGCCGUCACCGCCUUCACCUGCUGCAGCCACACCCCGCGCCGCGCACCUGGGCAGCGCCAUCCGCGCCGCCUUCGACCGCCUGGCGGCGCUGCUCCGGGGGCGGAGCCUGGGCUGAGCCACGCCCACUUGUUUGGAAUAAAUUUGCAUCUCGUUCCUACCCGCGGAGGUUGGGGUUUUUGGG